AUGUUGAAAUUCAUGUUCCAGAUGUCAUCUGAGAUGGUCAAGCUUAUCUCCAACACUAAGAUGAAGCUUCUGAGCGGCAUAAUGACCUUUAUUCUCAAUUGCCCUCCAACCCGAAGUGUAUGGGGCUUGGUCCUGUCCUCCUACCUAUUUGAUCUAUGUCAUCACUCUGCAGGUGAAAAUUUUCUCCAUUUUGCUGUCAUCCCUGAGGUUCCCAGGAAGAAACCAGUUGACGCUCGUGAUCUUAGCCUACCUCACCCGAGUCGCCACCGAAGCUUUUCAGGUAGUGUGCCUCGUCAUCGGCCUGAAGCCUCUCCAGGCAGUCGUCUCUGCAGGUUUGGCGAAUCUGCUCUCUACCAGAGCCAACUGUUAA